UUAAUUCCCUCUCUCUCCCCCUCUCUUUCUCUCGCUCUCUCUGAUCUCUCUCUAACUCCGAUCCGGCCGUCAUCCAUGGCGGAAAACCACGACGGUAACGCCUUCUUCUUCAACCAACCUUCCAGCCGGAAGGGUGGUUGGCACGCCGCCAUCUUCAUCAUCUGUGUGGAGUUUGCAGAGAGAUUCGCGUACUCAGGUUUGUCGGGGAAUCUGAUAACGUACCUCACGAAUGCUCUUCACGAGCCCAUUACGACGGCCGCCAAAAACGUCAACACUUGGGUCGGCGUCUCGUCUCUGUUCCCUCUGCUCGGCGGCUUUGUCGCCGAUUCAUAUGUCGGUCGUUUCAACACCAUCGUCCUUUCCUCUCUCAUCUAUCUCCUCGGAAUGAUACUUUUGACUCUGUCGGUCUCAGCACUGAAGAACACCACUUUAUUUUUCGUUGCUCUCUAUAUACUAUCCAUUGGUGACGGAGGCCACAAGCCAUGUGUCCAAACUUUCGCCGGCGAUCAGUUUGACGAUGACUCGCCGGAAGAAAAGAUUGCCAAAAGCUCAUUCUUCAACUGGUGGUACCUGGGGAUAGUGGCUGGUUCAACUAUAGCCACUUUCCUUGUAAUAUACCUUCAGGAUAAUAUUGGAUGGGCCACGGGCCUGGGAGUACUAGUGGCUGUGUUGGCUCUAGCAUUAGCAGUAUUCUUGUUGGGUAUAAAAAGGUACAAAAAGGAGGGCCCAAGAGGCAGCCCAUUCACAAGGAUGGCCCAAGUUUUUGUGGCUGCAAUUCGGAAAUGGCGAGUGAAGACCACGAGCGAUCCGCAAACUUAUUGGUAUGGCGGGGAAGAGCAUAGUACUAUAUCCCACCAUCAUCUCCAAAGUCAACCAAUGUCUCAUUCUUUGGCCCACACCAAUCAAUUCAGAUUUCUGGACAAGGCAAUGAUCAUAGAUGACAUCGAUGCUUCAAUCAAAACCAAAAAUCCAUGGAGACUAUGUUCAGUGACUCAAGUGGAAGAAGCGAAGCUAGUUCUUCGUCUUAUCCCUAUAUGGUUAAGUUUCUUAAUGUUCUUUGUUGUCCAAACUCAACUCCACACAUUCCUCAUCAAGCAAGGCAGCACAAUGGUCCGUUCCAUCGGACCACACUUCCAAAUCCCUCCGGCAUCGCUUCAAGGCCUCGUCGGAGUCAUCAUCCUCAUCGUCGUCCCCAUCUACGACCGAGUUUUCGUCCCCUUCGCCAGAAAACUCACCGGACACCCAUCUGGCAUCACAGUGUUGCAGAGAAUCGGAGUAGGUCUCUUCUUGUCUAUAUUCAACAUGAUCGUUGCAGCUUUAGUAGAAGCCAAAAGGGUUAAUAUUGCUAAAGAGAAUCAUCUUCUUGACAAUCCCAAAUCUGUAAUACCAAUAAGCAUAUGGUGGAUGCUUCCUCAAUAUAUCAUCUAUGGUAUUUCUGAUGCCCUAACUGUUGUAGGGUUACAAGAACUGUUCUACGAUCAAGUCCCAGAAACGAUGAGAAGUAUUGGAGCUGCGGCCUAUAUAAGCUUGUUGGGAGUUGGAAGCUUUGCGAGUAAUGUUGUUAUAAGUGUUGUCGAAGAUAUCAGCUCAAGAACUGGUGAGAAAUGGUUAGGGAAUAAUCUGAAUAGAGCACAUCUUGAUGACUUCUAUUGGCUUUUGGCUGGAUUAAGUGCUCUGAGUUUUUGUAUUUAUAUUUGGUUGGCUAAACGUUUCGUCUACAAAAAAGUUGAUGUAACUGAUACUAGUAACCUGGGAAAAGUUUAAGGAUCGACCAUGCAUGUAACUUUCUAUGUAUAAUAUAUGAACGAUAUGUAUACUUACUAUGUUUUUGUUGAAAAACCCUUAUAAUAAACUCCUGAGAGUUGUUUUUAA